UAAACUGUAUACUUAUACUUAAUGAAAGGGCGGUGAUUUUUAGAAGCUUGAUAUACAUCUGAAACUUUUUUAAUUGUUUCUAUACUCUGAGCAAGUUUAAUAUUUAUUACGUAGUAACUUAUUGGCAAAGUAAUCAGUCUACAAAGAUUUCUGGGUCGCUUAACAUCUUCAAUACACAAUUAAGGACAAUAGAAAUGCGAAACGUAAUAUUUGGAGUUUUAUUGUGUGUCUUAUAUGCCAAUGGAAAUAAUGUAAUAGAUGAUCUUCGCCAAACUCAUGGGAUAUCAUUAAUUCAGGAACUAAGUGGUCCAGCUACUGGACCGUCAGGAUCUACGUGCAAUGACAAAGGAGUAUGUGAAAACCAGGCUGAUGGCGCCAUGUUUCCUGAUUCUGGAUCAAAUGGUUACAUAGUGUGUCAGUGCGAAUGUGAAAUAGCAAUGCCUUGCCCCUCUGGCUUAGUUUUUAAUUCAGUACUUAAUGUUUGCGAUUGGCCUCUAGAUAGUACAGAUGCGCCGGGAACUUCUAGCUCACCAACAGAUAUAACUACAAAAAGUACAACAACAACGCCAUCAAGUUCGUCGUCUUCAACCCCAUCGUCUACAACUUCUGAUAUAACCACUGAGGGUACAACGUCAACGCCAUUAAGUUCGUCGGCUUCAACCCCAUCGUCAACAACCUCUGAUAUAACCACUGAGUGUACAACAUCAACGCCAUCAAGUUCGUCGUCUUCAACUCCAUCGUCAACUACUUCUGAUAUAACCACUGAGGGUACAACGUCAACGCCAUUAAGUUCGUCGGCUUCAACUCCAUCGUCAACUACUUCUGAUAUAACCACUGAAUCCACAUCUACCACACUAAGUGGCCCAGCGACUGGGCCAUCUGGUACUACAUGCAACAAUAAAGGAGUAUGUGAAAAUCAGCCAGACGGCGCCAUGUUUCCUGAUUCUGAAUCAAAUGGUUACAUAGUUUGUCAGUGUGAAUGUGGAAUUGAAAGGCCAUGCCCUUCGGGCUUAGUUUUUAAUUCAGUACUUAAUGUUUGCGAUUGGCCAAGUUCUACCUAAUUUUCCUCUGCUGCAAUUCUUUUUUAUUACAUGUUAAACAAUAUAUGUAUUGCAGCAUUACAGAACGAUGAUUAUAUUAAGAGAUUAAAGAUAUAAAUCCAA